UCCUCCGCCCCCUCCCCGGCCUGACCUGGCCGGCCGCCGCCGCGGUGACCCCCUUCCCGCCCCCUCCCCGGCCGCCGUCGCCGCCGCUGCCUCGGCGGACCAGGGACCUGCCCGCCCUCGGCUGCUCCGGACCUAGAGGAUCAAGACAUAAUGGGAGCAUUUUUAGACAAACCAAAGAUGGAAAAACAUAAUGCCCAGGGGCAGGGUAAUGGGUUGCGAUAUGGGCUAAGCAGCAUGCAAGGCUGGCGAGUUGAAAUGGAGGAUGCACAUACGGCUGUGAUCGGUUUGCCAAGUGGACUUGAAACAUGGUCAUUCUUUGCUGUGUAUGAUGGGCAUGCUGGUUCUCAGGUUGCCAAAUACUGCUGUGAGCAUUUGUUAGAUCACAUCACCAAUAACCAGGAUUUUAAAGGGUCUGCAGGAGCACCUUCUGUGGAAAAUGUAAAGAAUGGAAUCAGAACAGGUUUUCUGGAGAUUGAUGAACACAUGAGAGUUAUGUCAGAGAAGAAACAUGGUGCUGAUAGAAGUGGGUCAACAGCAGUGGGUGUCUUAAUUUCUCCUCAACAUACUUACUUCAUUAACUGUGGAGACUCGAGAGGUUUGCUUUGUAGGAACAGGAAAGUUUACUUCUUCACACAAGAUCACAAACCAAGUAAUCCUCUGGAAAAAGAACGAAUUCAGAACGCAGGUGGUUCUGUAAUGAUUCAGCGUGUGAAUGGCUCUCUGGCUGUGUCGAGGGCCCUUGGGGACUUUGAUUACAAAUGUGUCCAUGGAAAAGGUCCUACAGAGCAGCUUGUGUCACCAGAGCCUGAAGUCCAUGAUAUUGAAAGAUCUGAAGAAGAUGAUCAGUUUAUUAUUCUUGCAUGUGAUGGUAUUUGGGAUGUCAUGGGAAAUGAAGAGCUCUGUGAUUUUGUAAGAUCCAGACUUGAAGUCACUGAUGACCUUGAGAAAGUUUGCAAUGAAGUAGUCGACACCUGUUUGUAUAAGGGAAGUCGAGACAACAUGAGUGUGAUAUUGAUCUGUUUUCCAAAUGCACCCAAAGUAUCUCCAGAAGCAGUGAAGAAGGAGGCAGAGUUGGACAAGUACCUGGAAAGCAGAGUAGAAGAAAUCAUAAAGAAGCAGGGGGAAGGCGUCCCUGACUUAGUCCAUGUGAUGCGCACAUUAGCGAGUGAGAACAUCCCCAGCCUCCCACCAGGGGGUGAAUUGGCAAGCAAGCGGAAUGUUAUUGAAGCCGUUUACAAUAGACUGAAUCCGUACAAAAAUGAUGACACUGACUCUACUUCAACUGAUGAUAUGUGGUGAAACUGCUCAUCUAGCCAUGGAGUUUACCUUCACCUCCAAAGGAGAGUACAGCUUCAUUGAACCUUUUAAACAUCCAUCCUCAACUUUAAAGAAGGGCAUAUAUAACAUGGGUGAGAUUGAUUACACCAGAGAACUUCAGCAGUACAACAGCUAGCCCAGAACUGAUUUUUUUUUUUUGUAAAUUUGAGACUUACGUAAAUGUGAUUUCAAACCAUAAUUCAUGUUGUAAAUCAGACUCCAGCAAUUUUUGUUGUAUGAUUUUGUUUUUUGUAAAGUAUAAUUGUCCUUGUAUAAAAUGCUCAUAUUUAAUUAUGAACUGCUUUAAAUCACUAUCAAAGUUAUAAGAAAUGUUUGGCUUGUUGUGUGAUGCAACAGAUAUAUAGCCCUUUCAAGUCAUGUUAUGUUUGGACUUGGGGUUGGGACAGGGAGAGCAGCAGCCAUGUCAGCUAGACGCUCAAAUGUGCACAUGAUUAUGGAGAAUUAUUCCAAAAUCUUACAAAGCUGAAUAUCCAGGGAGUUCAUUGAAGACUAUUUUAAUGUUGUCGGCAGUGGGACUGGCAUUGUUGAUAGAGCUGGUCCCUUCAUUUCACUGUCUUUUAGGUUCUCUCCUUGUUGCCAUGAGUAUUGCAGGUAAUACAAUAUAUUCAUAAGAAUAUCAAUCUUGGGGCUAAAAUGCCUUCAUUCUUUGCACCUCUUUUACAAGUCCUUACAUUUAAUUACUAAUUGGUAAGCAGCAGCUUCCUACAAGUAGUAGGGGACUGCCACGUUUUUGCUAUCAUGAUUGGCUGGGCCUGCUGCUGUUCCUAGUAAGAUAUUCUGAAUUCCAUUUUAUCAAUAAAGCUUGAUUUAACAAACAAGAAA